UCAUCUUUUUGUCCAGCCCUCCUUGCCACAGCACAAACAUAUCAUUUUACUUCUAUCUUUUAACUUUCAUCUUUUUCAUUAAACAGUUCCAAGCAACCAUGGAUGAGCAAUACGAUGUCGUUGUUAUGGGUACCGGCCUAACUGAGUGUAUUCUUUCAGGUCUUCUUUCGAUCGAAGGCAAGAAGGUCCUCCACAUGGACCGUAACGAUUACUAUGGAGGUGAAAGUGCCAGUUUGAACUUGUCUCAGCUUUACAAAAAGUUCCGCAAUAGCGAGACACCUGCUGAAAGCCUUGGAAAGGAUCGCGACUACAAUAUCGAUUUGAUCCCCAAGUUCAUGAUGGCCAACGGUGAGCUCGUCAAGAUCCUGACACACACUGAUGUCACACGCUACCUCGAGUUCAAGCAGAUCGCCGGUUCCUAUGUAUAUCGCGAUGGCAAAAUUGCCAAGGUUCCCGCCACUGAGAUGGAGGCCGUCCGCAGUCCUCUGAUGGGUAUUUUCGAAAAGCGUAGGGCCAAGAAAUUCUUCGAGUAUGUUCAGACUUACAAACAAGACGAUCCCAGCACUCACCAGGGCAUGGAUAUGGCCAUCACCCCUAUGGAGGCCGUUUACAAGCAUUUCGGAUUGGAGCCUGGCACGAUUGACUUUAUUGGCCAUGCUUUAGCUUUGCAUUUGGAGGACAGCUACUUGUCCCGUCCUGCUCUCGAGACUUUUGAGCGCAUCACGCUCUACAUGUCUUCAAUGGCCCGCUGGGGCAAGUCUCCUUACCUCUACCCUCUCUAUGGUUUGGGUGAGCUCCCUCAAGGUUUUGCUCGACUGAGUGCUAUCUAUGGCGGCACAUACAUGUUGGACAAGUCAGUCGAUGAGAUUGUGUACGAGAACGGAAAGGUUGUUGGAGUUCGUUCUGGCAAUGAGACUGCCAAGUGCUCCCAAGUUAUCUGCGACCCCUCUUAUGCCCCCGACAAGGUCCGGGUUGUCGCAAAGGUCAUCCGUGCCAUUUGCUUGCUUCGCGGUCCUAUUCCCAACACUGAUAACGUUGAUUCAUUCCAAUUGAUCAUCCCCCAGAAUCAAGUCAACCGUCAGAAUGACAUCUAUAUUGCUGGAGUCUCCGCUUCGCACAAUGUUUGCGAGAAGAACCACUACCUUGCCAUUGUCUCCACAGUUGUUGAGACUGACAACCCACAGGAGGAGAUUCAGCCUGGCCUUGCCCUUCUUGGACCUAUUGUCGAGAAGUUUGUCCAGAUUGCCAACAUUUCCGAACCAAUCCAUGAUGGCACUAAGGACCAGGUCUUUGUAUCCAGAUCAUACGAUGCUACAUCUCAUUUUGAGACUGUAUGUGAUGAUGUCAAGGACUUGUACAAGCGUAUCACUGGCAAGGAUCUUGUUCUCAAGCAACGUCAGACUCAGGAGGAGGAACAGAGGGAGAUGGCCAGCCAGCCUUAAAAAAACUGAGGAAAAGUAUAUACUAAAUAUCUUUAGGAAAGUAGCCUUCAUUAUUAUUAUAAUAUUUUCCUUUAGAUAUCAAAGACCGAAGCCAACAUACAAAUAAAUGAAUAAAUGUGAAGUAUUUUUUCGAAACUGAC